GCGAGGUGAACAUUUAGGAGAAAACAAAAUGUUUUUCGCUUGUUUUUGCACAGUGUGUAUGAGUUUCAGAUGAUUCGAUCAAGCCGAAACGUUAUUUGUGUGUAAUAUAAGUUGAUAAUGCAAAAGAAGAAUAAUAAACUUGAGAGUUUUUUGUUUAAAUCCUUACCUGAGCACAAGUACGAGCGGAUCCGUGGAUAUGAGGCCUGCAUUGUUAUUUCGGAGAAAGAGAACAAGGCAUUUAAGUAUGUGGUUCUUGGGGACCAGUGGAUCUACCUGACAGAGAACCCACCCCGGGUCAUCCAGGAGGCUGUCCCGCUCAAUGAUGUCAUCUCAGUUGAGCUUGUCAACGACUUCCCUGACUUCCUCAUGGGUGAUGACAAGAAGAAUUGCCAGCAUAUUGCGAUUACCUACUGGACCAGUGAACCAGUCAAACGCAGGUCGUUCCGUAAGAAAAAGUCCCCACGUGGAUCCCAGUCUGAUCUCCAUGGUGAUCGUUCUAAUGCCUCCACCCCACUUAGUAUGGCCUCAUCAUAUGACCUCUGGGCUGAUGAACACUCCUUCAAUACAAGUCUGAGCAGCCUUCCCCAUCGGCCAGACAGUCGUGGUUCUAUGUCGUCAGCCCGUGAGUCACGUAAGGGGAGCAUAUCUGGCAAGAAAUCUAUCAAGAAGGGCAAACCAGCACUCCGUACCAUCCAGAGUGAGUCAGAGGACAUGAUCCUUAAGUCUCUCAAGGAGGAGUUGGAGGAAGAAGACAUUCUUGAAGAUAUUGAGAACCAGAGUGAGCUUGGGGAAUCCCUAGCUAAGUCGUACAAUACCCAGACUGCCCCUCGCUCACAGCGGUCAGCAAGGUCCACACGAUCUGUCAAGUCUAGCAGGCCUUUACCCUCACCAGUACCUAACACCAAAGCUUUUGAAACACCAGUGAAUGGAAACAGUGGCUCAUCUGUAAUAAACUCAAAUGGCUUGCCAAAGAAGCAAGGAAUACCACCAGAUCCUUCAUUUAAUGAUGACUCUGAGCCAACAUCGUGUUGUUUAAAAUGUUGUUCAUUUACUUUUGGUAAGAGUAAGGUGUCACCCCUUUGUGGGGCUGGCAAGUCCUCCUCUCCUCAGCCUGGGGACAAAAAACGAUUGUUUAGUGCCUCUACUGACACAACAAAUGCUCACACAAAGUCAGAUGUUCAUAUAGAGAUUACGGCAGCAAAUUCAGACAUUAUGCCAUAUGGUCCUAAUCGUCGGUCGUCCAUUCAUUCCUCAGUGACCACGCUUCGGGGCCAUGGUGACAGGGCGGUCACUCCUGCCAUGGAUGACAUUGAGCGGAGAAGCGUUCUGAGUAUAGCUUCAAUGUCUGACUACGGAGGUUCGAUGCAACGUCUUUCAUUGCUGGGGAUGGAGGGGAUUGCAGAGAAGCGACGGGCUGUGCUCAACCUUUACCUGCUCAGCAGCCAGUCCCCCAUGCUCAUGCUGAUACGGAGUGCCUGGUGCAACUGCCUUAUUUCAGCAACUCUAAUGUUGAAUCCAGAGAUGUUAGAAACACCGAAAGGAAGUGUGCUGCAAACUUCACAAAGGGGUCGUCAGGAGAUGCUUUUUCAGGAGUUAAAGCGUGACCUUCUCAAGCCUGACAAUGACAUCGAGGAUCUCUUCUACCUCCUCAAUGAGCUCAAACUUGCUACAGAGAAAAACUUUGUCCUCAAACGAUUCUUCUGGAAGAAUGCGGACCUGUUUCACUUCUUUGUGAAGAAGCUACAGUCGUUCCUUCAGCGCUCCGCUGACAAGGCAGGCCAGCUGAGAAGGACCAAUGAGUUUGAACUGAUUACACUGCUGGUGGACAUUCUGUGUAUGAUGUUCCACGAGUCAGAGAUUAUCCAGGAACGGACCCAGGCACUCAAGGCUGAGAGGGGCAAGUAUGUCCUAGCCCUGCUGAUGGUACUCACGUGUAACCCUGAAAUCCCAGAGAAACGGCCUGGCGAGAAAACCAUUAUUGACAGUGAGAUGAUGCUGGCAGAUUUCACCCGGACUUCUCUUGGCACGGUGUUCGAGUUGUUCCUGAUGGCUAAACAGGCCAACUGGAGUCACCUGGAGGGAAACUUCUACAACAUAAGCUGGAUGAUCUCCACACUGGAGGAACUACGAGACACUGAGAAAUUCAUAGCACGUGUUGUUGACAUGAUGUUGUCCAUGAUCUCCAAGUCGUCUGGAGACAGGCUAUCCCCUGCGGAUGCUGUGUUACUCUACCAAAUGUUCUUUGUGCUCAAUAACUUCCUCCAGUACAGCAGACGCAUCAAGACAUUCAUAUCGACAACAUAUGCCGAGGAAUUUAAGUACUUUGUGAAGGUUCCCCUGGUGAUGAGGAAGCUGCCUCAGACUUACCCCGUGUACCAGCUACUGCAGACACAGGUGGAUGAUGCCUACCGCAAGGUCAUACCCACCAUUUAAGAUGACACCCACGACAAGGUCAUGCCUGACUUCUAGGUUGAGGUCAACCACAAGUUCAUGCUUGUCAGCUAGGUUGAGGUCUACCACAAGGUCAUGGUUGAUAUCCACUUCAGGGUCAUACCUGACAACUGGAACAACCUCCACUGCAAUGUUAUCCUGCCCAGCAACUAAACAAGUUCCGCAGCCAUCACAAGGUCAUACCCACUAUCUAGGAAAGUUGACCUUUGUGAAUUAGCCAGUUCAUAUCUAAUAUGGAGCAAGGUUAACCCUCACAUCGAACCAGUCCUUUCUCCAACCAAGCAUAGAACUUCUGCUAUCUAACAAGAUCUUUCCACUUAUAUGUAUCUACAAAGAUUACUCAAGCCAUCAAGGUCAAGGCCACACAUGGUAAUGUCAUCCACAUAUAGGUAGGUUUACUAUGUAAAUCUGCCAAUGUAGUAACUCCUUACUGCUUUGCAAAUAUCUGCUUGUCAAUGUAUUAAUAUUCAAUCCUUUUAUUGGGGAAUUAUGCUUGGUUGUACUGCUGGUAAUACAAGUAUAUUUUAAUUACUGAUGUCAUUGCAUUUUAUAUGUACCGUUUUAUUUCAAACUCAAAUUAACUCAUGUAUUUUGCCAUUUGCUGGAAGGAAUUUAUGUCUUCAUUUAUUCUUUGCAAUCUUUUUUCCAUUAUAGUUGAUUUUCAUUUCAUGAACUAGUCACUAAUUGAUAUUAAUAUUUCAUGAAUUUAAAAUAUUUUAGUCUACUUUUGUUAUAUUAAAAUUAUAUAGAUUUAAACGGUAAUUAUAUUUUAUUUAAUGAAAAGGGUCACAUGACAACUUAUUUCAAUACAAACAUUUUAGAAUUGGAUUGGAAGCAAAGUGCUUAAAAAGAUCAUCUUUUUAUAUCAAACAGUUAUGUCUAAAAAAUUUAAAAAAUGCUUUAGCUUGAAGAAAACUGCUUAAAUCGUCAAAACGAACACCUAAAAUAUUUAUGACUUAAGAGACCUAACAUCAUGUUUCAAUAUUAUGAUGCAAAAAGUAUAUGCAGAAUGCAUUAUAUAUUUUGCUGUAUAUACUUUAUGUAAGAAUAAAUGUUAAAGCUGCACUCUCACAGAUUAAAUGUUUUGACAACUUUUUAUUGUUUGUCUUGGAACGAGCCAUGUUUUGCUAAAAUCCAUGGAAACCGGUUAUAUAAGACUGCUGACAAAAAAUUAGAUCGCAGAUUUUUAUAUUUUAGUUCAAAUCUUAAUGUUUUAUGCAUUUUUCUUAAACCGUUAGUAACGGUUUAAGCCAUAAAACAUUAACUUUCGAACGGAAAUAUGCAAAUCUGAUCUGAUUAUUUGUCAGCAAUCUCUUAUCAUUGGUUUGCAGAUAUUUACGCAGAAACUUGCUCUUUCCAAGACAAAAAAAAAGUUGUAAAAACGGUAAAUCUUUGAGAAUGCAGCUUGUUUGUCUUUACAGUUUUCCACACAUUUUAAUUUAUGUUCUCUUCAUAAAGUCUAUGAACUAUUUUGAUCUUUUAAGAACAGUAAGAAUUUGGUCUUUAAAGGGCCAUAUCUUUGGCUUUAGGGGUAAAUAUAUGAGAAUGAAAAUGGUGGUCUCAUAUUUUGUUUUGUUUUAUAAUGUUAUUUCAACAAGAUUUUUUUUAAAUCUUUUGUCAUUUAUUUAUAUACAUAAAAUCUGAAUUUGUUAGCAUAUGACCACAAAAUGAACAUAUUGAACAUUCCUAAUGUUACAGUAACCACUAAGGACAGGUUUCUAACUAUGUAAGGAAAUCAAAACACGCAGUUUAUGGAAACAAAUUAAGAUUAAUUUAAUAAUAAAUCAUAGAGGAGAUUUUUGCUUUGAAUACAGCACGUGUUUGAAUGCAUGCAUAUAAAAGUGACAUGCAUGGUAAUUUAAAUACACUUAAAUCACCAGCUCAGAUUAAUUGCAUUGUUUAAAUUCGUAAUUAUGUCAUGUUUUGCUUGCAUAUAAACGGGGAAUUUUCUAUCUUUGGAAUGUAGCUGCUUGUUUAAAUGAUCUCUUUCUGUUUCUUUUGCUAAAACAUUCAUUGUAACACGUAGUUGUGUUUUUUUCCAGAACUUCAGGUUUGUACCAAAAACUACAAAAUGUUGAAAGAAUGCGUAACAAUCUGAACUCCGAUCAUUUAAAUGAGUCGUUAUUCUGUUAGUUAUCACGGCUUUAUCACAUGGAUGGUAUAAGUUGUUUGUUUUCAUGUAUUAUCUGUAAUUGUACAAACAGACGUUCUGCAUGUACAUGGCCAGGAUCAUGGGUAGGAACAAAUCUUGUCGUGUAGUUGUAAAUAGGAGAUGUUAAUUCUUUGAGUCAAGAACUCUUUAUUUAUACUGAUUCUUUACAAACAAUAGUUUUGAAAAAAAUAUGUCAUAAAGCAAACAAUUAUGUGAUAGAAGUAUGUUUUGAUGCAAUGACCAAACUGUCUCAGUGUUGUUUGACCAUCCAUUGUGUUUGUACUUGUAAUAAAUGUGCAUUUCAUGACAUAGUUUAUUUAGCAAUCAUUUUAUUUUCAUUUCUUUAGAUGUUUUUUUUUAUUAUACAGUAACAUUCUGUUUUAAACAUUCAUUCUGUUUACAAUUACAUGUUCGCUGUAUAUUAACUAGAUUUCAAUUGUUGUAAAUGAUGUAUGGUUUACCUGCUGUUUUGUAUUUUAGUUUUGAUACUUUUAUUGAAAACUUGUUAUUAUGAUUGUGUAAGUAUAGUUUCUUUAAUGUUAAGAUAUACAAGAACAGCUUUAAGCUUUAGGGUGUAAGUCUUUUUGUUCUUAAUUGACAGGGUAUGAACUAUAGUUACCAUUGUGUGUUAGUUUGUCUCUUCAGAUGCCAUUUGACCGGGCAGUUUUUGUACUUCUGUUACGGAUUGUCAAUUCACCAUUUUGAAUAAACCAUGCGUUUUUUUCUCAGUCAUUUCUUUCAAUUUGUUAUCAAGUUAGAAUCAUUUAGGCUUUAGCUGUAUAUACAAAUACUAUAGUUGGUUUCCCUACUGCUGUAAUAUUGCAUUUCGAAAGUUUACAAAAUUAAUCAUUCAAUGCUUACCUUCUAUUGUUUUUACUGAUUUUCUCUCAAUGGACAUUCAUCUCAUCAGAGUUUAUUUAAGCUUUAUUAAUAAUUUAUUAUAUUUCUUUUUUGAAUACUGUUACAUGAUUUAGAUAUAUUUAUUUUAUAAACAAAAUUUAUUUAUCUUACUGAAACACAUAUUGAGAUUAGUGUUUUUACAUGAUUACGUGUGCAACAGUGUUUUUCCUAUACCUUAUAAACCCUCCGCAUACAUAUUGCAUUGCUUUGUUAAACUUUUCUUAUGAAAUAAAAUAUG